UAGCUAGUAAUACACGACUACGUAUUCGUUCCAAACGACUUUUUUUCAAAAUUGGCUGCAUAAUAUUGUUGUUUAGGUUACAUAUUAUAUAAAUUUAUAGUGAGUGUGCUGUUUCAUAUUUAUUUAUAUGUUAAAUUGUACAAAUUUAUGUAGCUUUGUACCUAAUAUUAUGUAUGUCGCUAAAGAGUAUCAAUGUUUCAAUCUGUCACAUUAUGCAUUGCUUUAUUGUACUAUAAUAUUAAUUAUAUUAUGUACGUUGGAGUUCUACUACGUGCAACGACGUGUUUCAUGAUUUGAAAAUAUUCAACACCUAUUAUAUGAAUUUGUAGAUAUCACUAUGGACGUGGAGGAAGCUCUCGCGGUUGGCGAUCCGGUGGUGCUGCAGUACGGCAAGCAGUGCACGCGCCUGCUGCGGCGCGUGGCGCAGCAGGCGCGCGUCGAAGUGGCCCGCCAGGACGUGCUGCGCGAGGCCGACUGUAACUACUAUUGCAAGCGCGUGGCCCGUUACACUGGGUUCGGUAUCGACCAAUUGAAGGACAUCAAUUCGAAGAAAAAUAUAAAAGGACGUUUAAAUACGAAAGAAAUCGAUAGAAGUACGAUACAGACGACGCUGAUGACGCAUUAUUUGGUUUACAAAAAUAUGCCCUCGACUACCACUCUGUUCAACGCUUUAUGGCCUGCGUUGCCAGCCUACGCUAAUAUCGACUACUUUCGACGCAUCCUUGUGAAAAUGGGCUAUUGUUGGAAGAGAAUCGGAGGUAAACAGAAUAAUAGUGUCAUUGUGGAACAUCCAAAAAUAAAAUUUGAACGAUACUGGUAUUUAAGUAAAAUCACCGAGCACCGUAAAAAUCACAGACCACUGUGUUUCAUCGGUGUGGCGAUAACCAAAAAACGUGACCCGGAUUGGAAAUACGGCACAGGGCUGCACUUGGCGUAUGCCAUCGUCGAAAAUCAACUCGUAUGCUCGAAACUGUUAAAAGAAUUAAACGAAGAUACAAUCGAGGAGUGGUUUUUACAAACGGUCGUUCCGAACCUGAAAGAGCACAGCGUAGUCGUUUUCAAUGAUCGUGAACACGUUUCGAGACGGAUAUGCCCUGUUCCCACUUUAGAUAGCAAUGAAAAUGAAAUAAUAGAAUGGCUAGAUUUUCAUAACGUGCCAUAUUAUAAUAAAGCUCUGUCCAAGUGGGCUCUGUACACCCUCGUCGAAAAAUAUACAGACGUACACGAGGAUCUGUACGCGAUCGACGUGCACGUCAAGAGGCACGGGCACGACGUGCUGCGCACACCUGCGUGCAUCAGGGGCGUGGCGCCGACGAGCCUGGUGGAGCGCGCGCUGGCCUCGCUGUGCCCCGCGGAGGUGCGCGCCUCCGUCACCGCGCAGCUGCUGGCCGAGCGCGACGAGCUGGUCGCCCAGGAGGAGGCGCGCCUGCUGCACCAAGAUAUCCAGCUGGACAAGGUGUGGAGUGCGUUGCUCGACACCGUGGCCAAACAGGAAAGUAACGGUAUAGAAAUCGAUGAUUAUUUACCAGAAUUGAGCGAUUCCGACUGAAUAAAUCGAUGUUGAUGCGUGAUGGACAAAUAUAAAAUAUACUAAUAAUCUGUCUCUUUAGUAUUUUUUGUGCCUUUAAUUUUUAAAUUUGUCUCUAUGUUCAGUGAAUAUAUUUUUUGUAAGAG